GUUAAUUACAUCAUUCUUCCAUUCUGUAAUGACAAAGAAGAGACUUUUAAGGGUUUUGUAUGAUGUUUCUCUCCCCUCGAUCACUUUAUAAAUACCAGCUUGAUCCCUUCAUAUGAAAUCCACAGCUUAGACGUAAAACACUUUAGUUUAUAGCAGCAAAAAAUGAGGUUUUUAGUUAUGAUGAUUGUGGUCAUGUCGGCCUCUGCAUUGAGGGCCUCGGCUGAAGUCGGUUCGCUCAUCAGCCAAGAUAUGUUCAUUGAUAUGUUGAACCAUCACAAUGAUGCAAACUUCCCCAGAAACGGUUUCUAUACAUACGAUGCUUUCGUCGCCGCUGCCAACUCCUUCGGCGCUUUCGGGACCACCGGCGAUGUUGAUACUCAGAAAAGAGAGAUUGCUGCCUUCUUGGAUCAAAUUUCCCAUGAAACUACAGGUGGGUGGCCAACUGCACCUGAUGGUCCAUACUCAUGCGGAUAUUGCUACGUUCAGGAACAGGGAAACCCUGGUGAUUACUGUGUUCAAAAUCAACAAUGGCCUUGUGUCCCUGGUAAAAAAUAUUUUGGCCGUGGUCCUAUCCAAAUCUCACACAACUACAACUACGGUCCAGCAGGAAAGGCAAUAAAAGCUGAUCUUCUUAAUGACCCCGAUUUGGUGGCUAAGGACCCGACCAUUCCUUUCAAGACCGGUCUUUGGUUCUUGAUGACACCACAGUCAUCAAAACCUUUAUGUCACGAUGUCAUCACCCGCCAAUGGAAGCCGUCUGCCGAUGACACGGCUGCCAAUCGGGUCCGGGAUAGUGGAUGCACCCAUUACAUGACUCCUCAUGUAGACUUGUUUAAAGUGUUGGAAAAAAGUACAAGUCAAGGGGGAAAAUAG